AAUCAGCUUGGAGGUGCCUUCGUCAACGGUCGUCCCUUACCAGACGCCGUUCGACGGAAGAUCGUCGAAAUGGCACAGGCUGGGGCUCGUCCCUGCGACAUCUCUCGCAUGCUCCAGGUCUCCAAUGGUUGCGUCUCCAAGAUCCUCUGUCGCUACUACGAGACGGGCUCGAUAAAACCCAAGGCCAUCGGUGGCAGCAAACCGAGGGUGGCCACCGACGCUGUGGUUGUCAAAAUCGCAGAAUUGAAACGCGAGUGUCCAUCCAUAUUCGCGUGGGAGAUCCGCGAUAGGCUCAUGCAAUCUGGUGUUUGUGCUCCAGAAAAUGUCCCGAGUGUGAGUUCUUCAUUUUUAAAUAUUUUGAAGACUGGUUUUUUAGUAUCACUGACGGCCAUCAUGGAUUCCCAAAAUUAUUUCGAUACAAUGGGGCAACUUGAUCCAUCUUCAGUAUGGGCACCUGCGGUCUCUUCCUUUGCAACGCUGGAUUGGUCCAGGUCGGAGUCUGGGUCUAAGUGCUUGGCCGAGGACAACGCCGAUGACUUUAGCAGUGACACAGCCUCCCCAGUCACCUCCAAGUCGAUUGAAAGGAGGCCUCAGGCUCGCAGUCGAACUGCCUUUACACAAAAACAGAUCAACAUGUUGGAAAGAGAGUUUGAAUUGGGCCACUAUCCAGAGCAUUCAACACGUGAGCGACUUUCCAAUGAGACUGGCCUUCCGGAAUCCCGCAUCCAAGUCUGGUUUGCGAACCGCCGUGCAAAGUACCGUAAGGAAUCAAAGACUAUCGCCGAUAAGCCGACCACUCCUAUGAUGAGCUCAGGAGAUGAGGAUGAGACCCGCCUCGCUGAAUCGACAGAAAUGUUGAAACAGGAAGUGUGCAAUUAUAGUGACAUGCUUCAGCAACCGAAGGGUUGGUGCUAUCGUCCUCAAGAGCCAUGGAUAGGGCAGUCGAGGCCAGGGUGGUUGCCUGCAGGAAUCACCACUUUUGGAAAUCCUUCGGUAGGUCCUUAUUACGUACAGAGACACUUAAAACGAACUAAGUCCUCACCUUGCAGCCCUUUUAAGUGCAUAAACAGGGCUGCCAAAAUACUAACAAUUGUUUCAAACAACAAAAUUGUUUAA